UCAAAGCCAGUAAGAGGACGCGGGAGGGAGCCUGGGGAGAAUCGGGCUGCCUGGCGCCUGCGUGAUUUGAUUUGCAGAGCUCCGGUUCUGUUCCUGUAGGUCUGCUGCUGUAGCCUUAGCGGCUUUAGCGGGGAAGUUUCCACUUACUUUGGUCAUUAUGAUACAAGGCAGCUCCUGCUUUGAAUCAGAACUCGAUUUCUGCCCCGAGUGCGGUACUGUCCUGCCUUUGCCGGGGAUUCAGGACAAGGUGACAUGCCCCUGUUGCUCUUACUCCAUUGAUGUGCGAGUUUUUGAGAUGCGAAUUGUGCAUACAUCCGUCACAUUCAACAGUGCAGAUUCCACCUCUUUGAAGACGGAGGAUGAAGGAAGCGCGGUCAAGGGACCAUUGAUUGACAGGAAGUGUCCCCAGUGCGGGAACGAGGGCAUGGCAUACCAUACGCGGCAGAUGAGGUCUGCGGAUGAAGGGCAGACGGUCUUCUACACCUGCGUUCGAUGCAAGUUUCAGGAAAAGGAAGAUUCUUGAUCGGCUUUACCCAAAUGUGGGGGGGACACUGUGUCUGAGGAUCUUCACUUCUGAGGGUCAUUUUUGUCUAGUUACUGUGGCUGUGGAGUCCUUUUUGGGUUCCAUGGAAGCAUUCUGUUGCUUGAGAUGGGGGAUUUCGUGCAUAGUGCCUGUAGCUCCCCUUGUAACUCUACGCAGAAUAAAGCACUUUAUGGUUUUCUUUG